ACCCACAAAGACUUUUAAGAUGAGAGCAGUAAAGUGAGCAGGGAGUUGGAGAGGCCAGGGGUUUGUUAAUUUGCAGGUGGCAGGGGGUUGGUGUACAGAAUGAUCCCGGCUGCUGGAAAACGCCUAUUUGAAAGGUGAGUGAUUGUAGCUCGUCCUGAAUAACCAGCACUACUCAUAGACUGUCUCCUGAGACAGACACAGGGGAGCGGUGUCCACCUGGAGCGUGGGGCCGGCGACAGGAGCCUGAUCCCGGGCACACUGAGCAGAUUGUGUCGGGAGUUUCUGCUGCUGCCGGAUGGAGCCAAGGGCAAUGACCCGGCCCGAUCUCAGGAGACUUUUCUCGGCGUGUGACCUGAACCGCUCGGGGCUGAUCGAGUUUGAGGAUUUCUCCGGCGUUUGCCGGGAGCUGGGGCUGUCCCAUUCGCAGAUUGAGCCGCUCUUCCAGAAGCUGGACGUGGACAGUGACGGCUCCAUCAACUUCAGCGACUUCACCGCCGGCUUCCAGGAGGUCUCCGCCGUCCUCGACCUCUCCUCCAUCGGCUCCGAGGGAAACCAGAGGCUGGCCUGGGACGAGUUUGAGGAGCGCUUCGGGGCUGGGCUGCACUACCUCCGCAGCCGGGAGAAAUUAUUCGAGUUUUACCAGCAAAUCCGUGCAUCUUCAGACUAUGGUUUGAACCUGCAGUAUGAGAAACUGAUCCAGGAGCUGAUCAAAGACAGUAAGGUCCAGGACAUGGAGACAGAGAAGCUGGAACAGACCCUCAGGAGGACAGAGGCAAUGGCUGACGCGCGACUGGCUGAAAUGGAAGAGGACAUGCAACAGCAGGCAUUGAAACUUGAGCAGAAAAUCCGAGGGGAGGAGCAGGCGAAACUCGAGGCAAAAGUGGCAGAAAUGCAGAAACGACAUGAAAGUGAAGUCACGGAUCUGCAGGCAAUCAUUGACCGAACGAGAAAGCUUAAUGAAGAGCUGUGGAAUUCGAAUUCCAAAGGGGACGUCUCUGCAUUAAAAGAGCAGUUGGAUGAAUUAACCCGGGAGAAUGAGUAUUUGAGAAGUUCCCUGCUUCAGAGUCAGACUGAGAUUUCCGUCCUUGAAGCUGGACUGGACAAAUGUAAAAAUGAGCUUGCUGAUCGUCUGCUUGAUCAGGAACGGGCAAAGGAAACUAUCCACAAACUAACAGAAGAGAAUGAGAUUUCCACAAAUCAGAUACAGAUGCUUCAAGAGGCUAAUAAAGCUCUUUAUGAUAGCAACAAUGGGUUAAGAGUUGCUUUGGAGAGGAAUCACAACUCAAAUAAAACUAAGUAUUCUUUAAAUGGAUCUGUUCCAGAGAGAGGAGUGAAGUCAGAAAUACAAAAUGGAAUAGCUGACGCUGGCUAUAGCAGACAGAGAAUUUCUGAAGUAGCAAACUGGGCAGACCGAUACCUGGACAGCGGUGUCUCCACAUCUCAGGACAUUGUCGAUUAUUCCUCAGAUGAAUACAACAGUGAUGGAAGCGAUGAUUCUCAUGAAACGAUGCACUACAGUUAUUCGUAUGUGGCCUCGGAUACUGAGAUGCCGGAGUUUAGGUCUGAGGUGGAUGGACUGCCCGGGACGUGGAAACCAUCACGGCCUGUUAGCCGUUCCAGUUCUAUAGCAUCGUCAAGGAGACGUCUGCCAGCAUUCACAUCCAAGAACACUGGUAAUGCAGUAGAGAACUCCAAACCCGAUGGCCCACUCUACAGACUUGUCCUUGCUGGGGAUGCUGGUUCAGGGAAAUCCAGCUUUUUAUUGCGUCUGUGUAUGAAUGAGUUUAAAGGGCAUAUUCCUACCACCUUAGGAGUUGAUUUUCAAAUGAAGAAGUUAUUGGUUGAUGGUGAAAGUGCCACAUUACAGAUUUGGGACACUGCUGGGCAGGAGAGGUUUCGCAGUAUUGCCAAAUCCUACUUCCGAAAAGCACAUGGUGUGUUAUUGCUAUACGAUGUGACCUCUGAGACUAGUUUUCUUAAUGUCAGAGAAUGGAUUGAUGAAAUUAAGAGUUCUACUGACUUCCCAACGCCAAUUAUCUUAAUUGGGAACAAAAUAGAUUUGAGAAAUGAAAUGCCUCAUACACAGCGUGGUACUGUGCUGACUGCCCAUGGAGAGAAAUUAGCUAUGACUUACAACGCAUUAUUCUGUGAAACAAGUGCUAAAGAUGGGACCAAUGUGGUGGAGGCUGUUCUGCAUUUGGCCAGAGAAGCCAAGAAGAAUGCAAACAUCAGGGACAGUGUUCAACCAGUGACAAAGCUAAUAGCAGCAGAUGGGAAAAAGGCACUGAACAACUGCUGCAAAACAUAAGACUAGAAAUCCUUGGAUUGUCAUUGUUCACUGACCUCUAAGACGCAGAUAAUUCAUGGGAUCUGUGAUGUUUGCUUACAAUACGCUAUAAUGCAUUUUUCCUUUUGGCAAAAUUUUACUCUCAUUUGAGAGCAUCUGUUUAAUGGCCACUAAAUGGCUAACUGUAUAUUUUUGAUGGUAUAUAGGUUGAAAUGUAUAUUUUUGAGCUGAGGAACAAGUGUUACCCGUUCUACUUUGUGAUAGAUUUUACCUUGAUAUGUAAAUGACACUUUAAAAUCACGUGCAAGGAAUGUAAAAAUAAGUUUUGUAAAAUGAAGGAGUUUGUUUUUUGAAAUGACAUUUAUUCAGUAAAAGCUUUUGGGUUAGAAACUGAAAUAAAAUGAAUUACAGUAAACCAUUUUUUUUCAAAGUUUGGGAGAAGAUUUGUAGCUCGGGUGCUCGUUGUUGUGGUUCUGUUCGCCGAGCUGGGAAUUUGUGUUGCAGACGUUUCGUC